AUGGCUACUACACCGGCAUCAGGCAAGAAAUCCAAAAAAAUGAAAGGCAAAACGGUCAAUUUGACCGAGUUUCUUGCUGAUGGAAAUGAUGGCAAAGUUGCCAAUAUUCUAACACAACGAAAAACCAGUGAUUGGUCUGAAAAAGACGAUUCCCGUGGUUAUGAAGAUAGGCGGAGUCAGCCCACCAUUGAUACAUCCAUGCUACCAACAGCUCCAAAAGCUGCUCGUGCCUUGGCUGGUAUCGAUAGGAGUAGACUUCCUACUAAGCCACCUUUUACUGCUUACAUUGCUAAUCUUCCUUAUGAUGUGACUGAAGAAGAUAUUACUCAAUUCUUCAAGGAUAGCAAGGUAAACUCUGUUCGCUUACCCAAAGGCACAACGGAUGGUAGACCAAGAGGAUUUGGAUAUACCGAAUUUGAAGAUUUAGAAUCACUAGUUAAUGCGAUGUCACUAAAUGAUCAGUUACUGAAAAAUCGUAAAAUCCGUGUGGAUAUUGCUGGAGGUGAUAAUGACAGAAAUAAUUUCAAUGACAGAGGGAGUAGAGGAUCACAUCAUGAUAGAUACGAUCGUGGUGAACGAAGCACCGAUAGCGAUAAUUGGAGACGCGCCGGACCACCAACAGAGGACUUUCGAUCGAAUAGGAGACAAUAUGAUCGUGACGAUGACAGAUUUGCUGGUGUUGGUAGUCGAUACAAUGAUGGAGGGAGCAGUUUUCGCGGAAGAGAAGAUCGAUUUGGUAGUGGAAACCGUAGAUAUAAUGAUUUUGAAUCUUCCGGACGCGGAAGAAGAAACUACGAUAGAGGUGGUUUUGGAGGUAGAUCUUCACGAUAUAAUGGGGAUGACGGGAAAAGACGUGGCUUUGAUAAUUUUAGAUCAUCCAGAUUUGAAAAUGGAGACGAAAGACGUAAUUAUGAUGUUGAUAAUGUAGAUGGUGGUAGGCAAUCAAGGGAGGACAAUGAUUCUGUGAGAAGAGAUACAGAAAGAGCUGAAAGUAGCGAUAACACUAAGCAGGGCGAUUACGAAGAAAAGAAAGAGAAAGAUGCACCACAAAGACGGGCACUCAAUUUGAAACCUCGAUCAAAACCUAUAGAAAAUAAAGAGGAAGAAGUCAACCGUUCAUCGUCAAUCUUUGGUUCAGCCAGGCCGGUUGAUACGGCAGCCAAAGAGCGAGAAAUUGAAGAACGCUUAGCUGUUGCUAAAGAUCAGACGAGUAAAGACGAUGAUCAGGAAGCAGCUGAUAAGACAACAAGUGCAGAUCAAGAUCAGGACGAUGAUAAUAGUCGAGAUGACAAAAGUAGCGAUAAACGAUAUGGAUUCAGCAGUGAUGGAAACUCCAGAGGAUUUGGUGGUAGAGGUCGUGGCAGAGGAAGUCGAGGAGGUGGUAGGGGUAGGAAACCCUAUAGGCCUGUGGAGCUUAAGAAGUACGAAGAACCACCGAAACCGGUAUUUAGUCAAGAAAGUAAAUUCGCGGCUUUGGUCGGCGAUGAAAGUGAAGGUGAAGAUGAUGAAAGAAAAGAGUAA